CUGACGAUGGAGGAGUGGGAGAGGAGCCCCCUGCUGCCCCAGGACGCUGCUGGCCGAGAGCCACCCCUCUCGGUGAACAGCCCGCCCACUUCGAGCCACGGGGGCCUGGCGUCCUGGGAGGACAGGGCCAGGGUCUGGGGCUACAGCGCCUGUGCCCCUGGGGCCCAGCAGCCGGCCUGCAGGAGAGGCCCACCCCGCCCCCUCCCCGGGCCGGGCAGCUGCCUCAAGUGCCUGGCCUUCUUCUCCAACUUCCUGUUUGCCCUGCUGGCCCUGCUGGCCCUGGCCGUCGGGCUCUGGGGCCUGGCCGUCAAGGGGUCUCUGGGGAGUGACCUGGGGCGGCCCCUGCCGGCGGACCCCAUGCUGGGGCUGGUGAUGGGGGCGCUGGCGCUCAGUGCCGUGAGCCUGGCCGGCUGCCUGGGCGCCCUGUGUGAGAGCGCCUCUCUGCUGCGCUGCUUCUCCUGGGGGGUCCUCGCCCUCCUACUGCUCGAGGCCCUGGGGGGGGCCCUGGUGGUGGCGCUCUGGGGCCCCCUGCAGAGCGGCCUGCAGCACACCCUGCGCCUGGCCGUCGCUCACUACCAGGACGACCCCGACCUGCGCUUCCUCCUCGACCAAGUGCAGCUGGGGCUUCGGUGCUGCGGGGCGGCGUCCUACCAGGACUGGCAGGGGAACCCGUACUUCAACUGCAGCGCUCGCGGGCCGUGGGCCUGCAGCCUCCCGGCCUCCUGCUGCGUGGACCCCUGGGAAGACGGCGCCUCCGUCAACGACCAGUGCGGCUCCGGGGCGCUGCGCCUGGAGGAGGCGGCGGCUCAGAGCGUGGUGCACCUGCGGGGCUGCGGGGCCCCGCUCCGGCAAUGGCUGCGUGGCGGCGUGCGGGCCUUGGGCGGCUGCCUGAUCGCGGUUGUGGUGGUCCAGGGCGCGGAGCUCCUGCUGGCCACGCAGCUGGUUAGGGCCCUCGCUGUCCGCAAAGGGGAGCCGGCGGGCCCCGGGCGGGCGGGGAGGGUGGAGCCGGCCCCUGGAGCACCAGGCCAGUUACCAGACGCUCUGCAGAACCAGGGCUGCCUUUCCCUCCAGCCCAGCAGCUGA